AUCAUGUAUGAAAUAUCCAUCGAAAGAUAAGUCAAUCAAUCAUAUUAAAACAUUAAACGAAAAAAUCCUAAAGUAUCCAAACUUUAUUAAAUGUUUGAAAGUAAGAAUCCUUGAAUGGAUCAAACAACAACCUACAAAUAAUUGGCAAUAUAAAGUCGCAUCAAAUAAACAAAAUUUAUACCCAUACCCUUCAUUUUCUGCAGCACUACAAACUCACAUUAGAACACUGUUUAAGAAACCGAUAGCUCAAAUUUUAUGUGCUUUGGAAAGAUUAUCAGCAACAAAAACAUUUUUCUAUAUUAACGAACGAGCAAGAUCAAAAGGAAACUAUGAGAAAUUACUUAAGUUUUGGGAACAGGUUUAUAUGGAUAAGAAAAUUGUCAAAAUUGAAAAUACGCAAAAUCCAAAACAUGAUGGAUAUAAUAUGCCGGCAGGAAGUUUACUUGAUCUUGAAUUCCCAUUUUCAUUAUAUUUUAUGAACCAAAUUAAUAGUUUUAAAAGAAUUUACGAAGAAGAAAUAGCUAAAUUACAAGAAGAUAAUGAGAGAAUUGAUGAAGAAACCAAUGAACUAUACGAAUACGUGAUUGAGGAUCAUUUGAAAGAAUUCAAAGAUAAUAUUCUUACGUCAAUACCGCUAUUAAAAGAAAAAGAUUCUCCAUUCGAAUGGGAAUGGGCUUCCGAACUAUAUUUCAAUGAUUUUGUUACUAUUAUUGCGUCAAAAGAUGGUGAAACAAAGAAUAAAAAAAUGUUAGCGUCAAUCUUGAAGUUACUCAUCGGUGAUAAAGUACGCAAACCAAUUUUCCUUCAUGCAUAUUGGUGGAAAAAUGGCAACGAAGUUUUGGCUCAAUUACAAUUGGCUCAAAUGUCUCCGAUGAUAAUUAAAAAUAUCGAAAUUCAAGGAAAUGUUGCUGUUGGAGGAAAUCUUGAAAAACAUCUUGUCAAAGAAUUGAUAAAAUUGAUGUUGCAGCGAAUUUGUGGAAAUUUCGAAGGCGCAGGAAAUUCUCAUUCGAUUGAUAAAUGGCAACAUGACGUCACAAAAAUAUUAUCUCUUGUUAGUAAGGUAACGCGAGCAAAGAAUUUACCAGAUCUUCAAUUGUUACGUAUUGUAAACGAUUUAGUUGCGACAAAGUCCAUUCCUUUAGAUAGUAUUAGAGAAAUUGUUCAACUUGGGUUAAGUUCGGAUGAACAAGGAGUUCUCUCGGAGAAAUUUGUCAGCACCGUACUUGAUAAGCUAGAUAAAUUAGAACAAAAUGAGAAGAAUAUAAUUCCAAGAAGAUCAUUCAUCAUGAGAUGCCUUGCAUUGAUUCCAAUAGAAUCAGAAGUUCGAUUAAGUUUCUAUGAGAAAUUAUUCUCGAAAGAACCUUUCCCAUUAAUGGGUGCAAUCAUCGAAAGAAUCUUUCUUAAAGAAGACAAAAAAUAUGAAGAUAUAUUCUUUUUAGUAAUUACAGAUUUCGAAGAAGCUUUAAUACAAUCUCCUCGAUUAAAUAUUAUCAAUAAAUGUUUAGGAGAUUUAGAUACAAAUAUGGCUACUUUAUGUUGUGAUACCAUUGAACAGGCCUUUUUCGUGAAUGAAGAAUUAGAAAAUUUAGGGGCUUAUAUUGGACCGGCUCUUGAAUCUUUAUAUAAACAAGGUAUACCAUCAUUACAAAAAAUAACUUCUAUUGCUUUACUCAAAGGAUUCGUUAGUCGAUUCUGGGACAGUUUUCUUAAGAAAGAUAAUAAUGAUCCUGACCAAAUGGAGGAUGAUAACGAUUUUGAUGAUAACGAUUUUGAUAAUAACGAAUUACUCGAUCAAAUUAACAAUAUUUUGACACUCGGUUUUCCUUUGAUUCAUUCUCUCAAAAUUUACUUUUUAAGAGAUUUAUGUCGAAGAGAUUUUUCAAUGGAUGAUAUUAGAAGAUUCUGUGAUGCUCAAAGACAACUUUUACCGUGGCUUGGAUCUUUCAAUUGGGAAGAUAUUAAAGAAAAUCGAUUGUCAUUUAAUCCAUAUUGUUAUUUACCUGAAUAUAAUGAAGUUGAAAAUAGUAUUAUGAGUUUCUAUAGUGUAGGAAAUAAGGCACCUUUUCAAAAAUUUAUCCAAAACAUGAAUCAAAAUAUGACUUUAACAGCAAAAUUAUCUUUAACGGGGCUUUUCUUUGUACGUCUUCAUGCUUUGAGAGCUUCAAGAGAAUGGCAACAUUCAGAAGAGCAAACAUCCAAAUUCUUGACACGAGAACUUGCUGGAAUAAAUCUUCCAGAUUUACUUAAAACAAUUGCAACAAAUAUCUUAUCGAAUAAACAACCUCUUCUUAAAAUUAAUAGCCCGGAAAUUAAUAAUACUGAAUUGCUUAUAAAAUCCGUUAUUGCUCAUAUCAUCAUAUUUCACGCAUCGGUUGAACCGAAUUCAUCUCAAUUAGCAAUGUAUUUACACAAAUUACUAGAUUGUCAGAACUCGUUUAUUUUAUCAUGUAUGUCUGACGUAGAAUCAAUGGUGUUAAACGCCGUUGCUGCUACUGAAAAAACAAAUACAAACAAACUUACAAGAUAUGUUUGUAAGUGCGGAUAUAAAUAUUUCAUCGCAAAUUGUGGUGGAGCUGUUAUUACUAGUAAAUGUCCGGAGUGUGGAAAUACAAUCGGUGGAGCGGGCCAUAAACCAGCAGAAGGAAACACUAUACUCGAUAAUAAACCAGUUGCUCAAUUAUCGGUAAACGAUCAAACAGGAUACAUUGGAGAACUAGCUAAUCAAAAUUUGUAUCACUCCGUCAGAUAUAUGACGCCUACAUCAUAUCGUAUUUUACAUUUAAUUGUUCAUGCUCUUAUUGGAGCCUCUGCACCUCAAACUGCCCUUGCCUUCCUUCAAAAAAAUGAUCAAACUGCCACAGAUUCUGAAAAUUAUUGUAUGGAUCAUAUUCGAAAUGAUUGGGAAAUGCUGAAAAACCUUCUUAAUUGCUCAGAUGCGAAUUUAGCGUUAAUGUUCCAUUCAUUAAUUUCUUCGAUGAUGGAAAAACCAUUAUCAAAUCAACGAGUAACAACAUCUGCUGAGCGUGAAAAGUGGGAAACAGAAUUCAAUAAUUAUAUCACACCGCAAAUUAAAAAUAUAAAUGAAACGGCAACUAAUUAUCGUAUGAAAUUAAGCGAAGCUCUAAACAAAAAUCAAAAAGGUAACUUAAUUGAAAGUGAAAUCAAUCAAACUUUAGUUAUGGAUCAGCGAUAUCGAAGUGAAAAUUUACCAAACUUGUGGAGAACGAUUGGAAUGAUUGGUUUCGACAGUUUCCGCGCUUAUUACAUGAGCGAUACGACAAGAAAUAACGAUUAUCCAUUCCUCUCAGUAUUUUUGAAAUAUACACAAGAAUUAGAAUUACUCAAACAUCUUUUACCUAUAGUAAAGUUUGUUCAAAUUUUGCAUUCCAAACUUGGAUAUCAGUUAGCAAGACAAACUGCAAGAGAAAUGACUUUCAUGCAAUUUAUUUAUAAAGAAUCUAAUGGUGGUGAUAAUGAAGAAAUUUUCAAUAGCUUGAAAACAGCUUUUGACGACUUUAAACUUGGUUGGAAUACAGUUAUAUCUCUCGUAGAUCGGUAUCAAUGUCAUGAACUUCCCGAUGAUAAGCCAGCCAUGAAAGAUGACUCACCAGUUGUUCUUGGUUUAGUGGAACAAAAAGAUUCAGGAAUUUACUUAUGCGCAAUUUUAUACCAUUUAGUUAAUAUACAAAAUAAAUUCUUACAAGAAGUCAUUGAAAUUCCACCUGGAACUUGUAAAUCUCUCAAAUUUUUAGAUGAACCGACAUUUGAUUUUGGAUCGUCAACAUCAAAAACAAAACCAGAAACACCUAAUGGAUAUUGCCUUCAAUCGAUGUAUCUUGAUCAAGUUCGUUCCGUCAAUAUCAUAAAUUUUGAGUGGGAUGAUGAAAUUCUUGCAUAUAGUCAAAGAAAUUUAGCAAUUGCUAGAGGAGAAGAUAUUGUUUAUGAUUUGACAAAAAUUGAAGCGGAAUUGGCAAGUAUUUUAGUAUUUGAAAAAGUUUAUAUAGAAACUCAACCAGAUUCACAAUUAUAUCUAGAAGUUUUCCCAUAUCAUUUGGAGUUAUUCCAAGGAUAUAUGAGAAUUUUAAGUGAUAUUAAGAAUUUAAUAACCCAGGAGCCAAUUCCAAUUGAAAAGGUGAAUUUAUUAGGAUUUUCUAAAAAUUCUGGUUUACAACAUGCAUUGGAACCAGCUCUAGAUAACGCGUCAGAAAUUUUAUCAUCAUUGGAGAUUCUUUUAUGUUUCGUCAAACGCACUGCAGUUGGAGAUAGAGAAAAAUCAAUUAAAAAUUAUGUUUCACAGUGGAUGAAAUUAUCAUCAUUAAAUGAACAUGAAAGAUUCUCUAAAAUGUUAGAAGUGGAUUUACGACUUAAACAUUUAGUGUCUUUAUACGAACUCGUCGAAGAACAAGUUGCCGAUGUUAAAAUUAAAUAUAUUCAUGAAAAAUAUAAGGAAGAACUUUCAGCAGAUAUGAGGGCGGCAAUAAUGAAUUCUGUAGAUUUUGAACAGCAAACUACAAUGAAAAAAGCCAUACCAGCAGAAGCGUUCGCUUUAGCUUUAAAACGAUUCAUGUUACGAUUUUUAACUUUAGAAAAUCAAAAAGAAAAGGAACCGUUAUAUCAUUAUUUACGAGAUGAUAAUACAUUAAAUUUUUGGCCUUCUACAGUUCCAGAAGAACUUAUUGACGAAUUAUUUCCGGAAAAUUUAUUAGUGGCUAAUACAUAUGAAGCUUAUACAUUUACAAUGAACAUUAUUGAGAAAACGAGGGAAAAACAGGCUAAACAGGCCAAGCAGGCAAGGCAGGCUAAACCGGCUAAACCGGCUAAUACUAGCAAUUCAAAUAUCGGAUCUAAACCUGGCAGAAGAAAGCCUGAGCGACGUGAUAAAUUUGACCGCAUGUAGAAAUUCUUAUUUAUUUAUUUUUUUUAAAAAAAAAUUUAUAUAUAGUAGUAGUUUUAGACCAUACCACAAAAAUUAGCUUUUUUACAAUUAUAUAUAAAUAUUAAAAUCUUGCCUUUUAAAUAUGUUAUCAAUUCGAGAAACCAUGAAUUCUUUGUUAUAAAUAGUCGAGUAUACGAAAAAGACAAUCUCUAUAUUUGUUUUCUUAAUAUUCUAGGUCGGAUGGCUCGGAUCAUGUACCAAGAGAAGCUAUUGCAAAAGUUGGUUAGAUUUAUCAGUACUGUACAACGUUUUUAACUUUAUUAAGUUCCAUAAUUAUGAAAUCGAAAAUAAAAA